AUGAGGCACAAGGGCCCAUCACGUGAGUCAGGCGGAGAGCGGCGAGGACCAAAGCACGACUGCAGACUGGGCAGGACUCAAUGGGGUCGAACAGCCAUGCCCAAGUACUGCCGGGCUCCGAACUGCUCCAACAUUUCGGGCCGACUGGGCGCUGACAACCGCCCUGCUGUCCUAAACUUCGCCAUUUGGAGUUACAUCAGGAAAAAUGAAACAUCUCACUUAAUGCCUGGAGGAGUUGUCACUUUGACACUGAGAAGCAACCUCAGUCGCUUCUGUCCAGGUGCAGAGCUUCAGUCUUUUCAUCAAAGCGAGGAGCCUCCCAGUAUCUCCGCCCCCGCGCCUGGUUGGGGGUAACAUUGCGCAUGCGCCGUCUGCGCCCCUCCCUCUCCACCCCCAUCCCCUGUCGGCGUCUGGGCCUCGUCCCCUUCUGUCUCUCUCUGCUCCCCCAUCACUUCCCCGGACACUGACACCCCAUUACUCCAGUCUCUCCAGUCUCAGCUUUGGUCUUCAGCCCCAUCCGCCCCAGGAUUUGCCUGAAAGCCGCCCCCAACUCUGCACCCACCCCCCGGAGGGCCAUUGAAGACUAUGACUAAGACAGAUCCCGCUCCGAUGGCCCCUCCACUCCGGGGGGAGGAAGAAGAAGAGGAGGAGGAGGAGGAGCUGGUCCCCGAGGCCCCCAGCCCCACCCAGGAGCGCCGGCAGAAGCCUGUUGUGCACCCCUCAGCACCUGCCCCCCUCCCCAAGGACUACGCCUUCACAUUCUUCGAUCCCAAUGACCCGGCGUGCCAGGAGAUUCUCUUUGACCCCCAGACCACCAUCCCUGAACUGUUCGCCAUUGUGCGCCAGUGGGUGCCCCAAGUCCAACACAAGAUCGACGUCAUCGGCAAUGAGAUUCUGCGUCGAGGCUGCCACGUGAAUGAUCGUGAUGGGCUGACCGACAUGACACUGCUCCACUAUGCGUGCAAGGCUGGGGCCCACGGAGUUGGGGACCCCGCUGCGGCCGUGCGCCUUUCACAGCAGCUGCUGACGUUGGGCGCUGAUGUAACGCUGCGCAGCCGCUGGACCAACAUGAACGCGCUUCAUUACGCUGCCUACUUCGAUGUGCCCGACCUGGUGCGCGUGCUGCUGAAGGGCGCACGGCCAAGAGUGGUGAACUCCACGUGCAGUGACUUCAACCACGGCUCAGCCCUGCACAUCGCUGCCUCCAACCUGUGCCUGGGUGCAGCCAAAUGUUUGCUGGAGCAUGGUGCCAACCCGGCGCUGCGGAACCGAAAGGGACAGGUGCCAGCGGAGGUGGUCCCAGACCCCAUGGACAUGUCCCUGGAUAAGGCAGAGGCAGCAUUGGUGGCCAAGGAGCUGCGAACCCUGCUGGAGGAGGCUGUGCCGCUCUCCUGUGCCCUCCCCAAGGUCACGCUACCCAACUAUGACAACGUCCCGGGCAAUCUCAUGCUCAGUGCACUGGGCCUGCGCCUGGGAGACCGCGUGCUGCUGGAUGGCCAGAAGACGGGCACACUUCGGUUCUGCGGGACCACGGAGUUCGCCAGUGGCCAGUGGGUGGGCGUGGAGCUGGAUGAACCUGAGGGCAAGAAUGAUGGCAGUGUUGGGGGUGUCCGGUAUUUCAUCUGCCCCCCCAAGCAGGGUCUCUUUGCCUCUGUGUCCAAGAUCUCCAAGGUAGUGGAUGCACCCCCCUCAUCCGUCACCUCCACACCUCGGACUCCUCGGAUGGACUUUUCCCGUGUCACUGGCAAAGGCCGCAGGGAACACAAAGGCAAAAAGAAGCCCCCGUCAUCCCCAUCUCUGGGCAGCCUGCAACAGCGGGAGGGAGCCAAGGCUGAGGUUGGAGACCAAGUCCUUGUUGCGGGCCAGAAGCAAGGGAUUGUGCGCUUCUAUGGGAAGACAGACUUUGCCCCCGGUUACUGGUAUGGCAUUGAGCUAGACCAGCCCACUGGCAAGCAUGAUGGCUCUGUCUUCGGUGUCCGGUACUUCACCUGCCCCCCACGGCAUGGAGUCUUUGCACCAGCAUCCCGAAUUCAGAGGAUUGGUGGAUCCACUGACCCCCCUGGGGACAAUGUCGGAGCCAAAAAAGUGCAUCAAGUGACAAUGACACAACCCAAACGCACUUUCACGACAGUCCGGACCCCAAAGGACAUCGCAUCAGAGAACUCCAUCUCCAGGUUGCUCUUCUGCUGCUGGUUUCCCUGGAUGCUGAGGGCGGAGAUGCAGUCUUAGAGGCCUGGCUACCUGAUAGAGCAUCAAAGAGUCCCCUCUAGCAUCUCCUGACACAAGGAGCCCCCGAGUCACCCUGAGAUAGAGAUUCCCAGUAACACAUCCAGAAUAGAGACCCCCAUUAGCCAGCCCUCGAUCACUGAGGCCCCAUUAACAGAGUCCCUCAUGAUAACCCCCAAAUACAGACCCCAUGGUACCCAGAAAGAGAUUCCCUGAGUGUAGCACCUUCAGGCUAGUCCCUGUCCCCAACCCCCAGAGCAGACCCCCCAGUAACGUAUUUCCACAUCACCUCAAAUGAUGGUGACCUCUACAUCAUGCUCCAGAGCAGAACAUUCCUGAGUCAUUCAUCACUGGAUCAGAACCCUCCCCCAUAACAAAGACCCCCCACCCCCCAUCAAAUCCCUUUGAAAUAAACACAGGUCAUACCUCCAGAGCAACAGAGUAACAACUACAUUUAACAUCAGUUCCCUCAAGAUGUUGUGACCCCCAUGGUCACCCCAAAAGCUUACACUGCAAUCAAAGACACCCUACAUUAAUAAAUCCCUGCUCUUACCCCUCAAGAAGAGACCCACAUUAACUAGCCCACUCUCACCCCCAAUUUACAGACACCAAAACAGUCCUGGAAGUGCUAAUUACAGGACCCCUAAGUCUUCCUACCCUCUGCGCCCUCAAGAAACCCCCAGUGCCUUGUAUGAAGCCCACCCCACACGGCCCACAGCCCCUGUGCUGGCCAGGCUCCCAGAAAAUUCUCUAUUUUUUAAGUAAUGACUUCCCCCUUUGGGGGACCCCAAAAUUUGGAGGCCCCAUUCUGGGACUCUGGGGAUCCCAAAUCCCAGAGUACAUGUCCCAAAUUCCCCUGUGCCCCCAAGUCCUACAGCCCCUAGAGGACCCUAAGGCCCUAACUCCCAGGAUCCUCAAAUCAUGGAAUCCCCAAAUCCCCAGGGAAUCCCAAAUUUAAAAAUUCAAUCCCAAGCCCCCAGGAAACCCCAAUCAUGGAGGUCCUUGUGCCUGGGAUGGAGGAGACUGCAGUCAGGAUAUGCAUCCCGGGCUCCCAGGGCACCUCAAGCCCUAUUCAUAGGCACCAGGAGACCCCAAACAGGAAUUCUCAUCCCUGGAAACCAGAGCACUUCAAUGCCGAGUCGAUGGAUCUCAAGAUACCCAAAUGCAAAGAGUCCCAGCCCCCAGGGAACCCCAAAUCCUAAAGCCUCCAUCUCUAAUACAUGAAGGGCCCCAAGGCCUUGAGGGGAUCCCAAAUCCUGGACCCCCUAUUUCAAUCUACGUUCUGGUCACAGGUCCAAAACACCAAAUGAGUCACUGGCCCCAAAGGACCUCACAGCACCCGGGCCAGACCAGCAGCCUGAGGGAGAACCUAAAGGCCCAGGGGGUCUAGGGUGGACCUGGGGCCCUGACCAGCAAGGACAGCUCACGACUGCCCCUUCACUGCAUGUCCCCAAACUCAGCAUGACCCCUAUCCCCUUCAAUAAAGACGUUUCUAUGGCU